AUGUCACGACAAGACAGGAUUCAGCAAAUACAGCAACAGACAGAAGCAUUUGUAAAUACUCCAGCGCUUCGUCCGAUUUCCAGUCCAAUGACACCGAUAACUCCUCUUGUGCUUGGCGAUUCUUCAGAAAAAGAUGUAUUCGUUAUGCACGCUGCUAAGCAAUAUCACAAUAGUGAAUUACAAAAGCAACCACCUGAUUAUUCGUCGACACAAUCGCCACAUUCACCUUCACCUUUCUCUUCUGGUGCAUCUACUCCAACACUAGCUCAUGUUUGCAGUAAUACAUCUUCAAGACCAAAAUCAUGUCCAUCUUCGCCAAUUCUGAGUGGAAUUGCGUAUAAUGGAUCAAUGAUGAUGAUGACUGGUAUCGGAGGAUCAUUUGCUUCCGGUCAAUAUAAUAAUAUGCGAGUGAUGCCUUCAUUAUACGAUCAAUUUGAAAUAGCAAAAAGAAAAGGUCGAGAGAAUGCAGAACAAGCUCAAUUACAAGACCUGAUGAGUCGGAUGGAUAUCAGGGAUUCCAAUUGA